CGGAUAUGAUUCUUUAAAUGAUCUCUCAGAAAAAAUACCAAAAAAAUGAAUAAAGGAAACAAGACAUUAAUAUUUUUUAUAACUUUUACUGUAAAUGUAAUUGAUAAAGUAAUGUGCCGUUAGAACAAUCCUAAAGGUGUUGAGUAAGUGUGAACUAGUUGCUACUUUUUCCGGACGAAAAGCCAAAUCUUCUUCACAACACCGAUGACAAUUGGAGGUUUCAGUGUGCUUGACGGAUAUUUUUCAUAUUUUAUAUUAUAUUGCUUUAAUAAAAAUUUCAUGUUGCAAAAAUACUUUUUUUGUAAUGAAUUGCUAUGAUUUCAAAAUGGUAAUUUGCUCUAUUGUAAUAUAGUUUUUAAAUAGUUUAACUAAAUGUAAAAUGAAGAAAUGUAUCAUCCCCAACAUUGAUACCUUGUGUUUGUUGAGAACCUGGACCUGAAGGACUUGACCAUUAACUGGCGAUAAUUGCAGGCCAAUAAAACUUUGCAAUGACUAAAUAGGGCUUUAUAUACGGUUUUCAUUGACAGUGUGUCACCAAAUGUGCUUUCCAGCGGACUGGCAAUAUGAGCUAACCUUGUCUAGGUGCUUUUCCCAGUGCUAUACAGUCGAGAAGCGGACGGCAGUGCCAGUUAGCAGUUGAGUCAGUAGUGAUCAACAAACACUUUUUGUACUGGAACUGAGUCACCAGUGAGAAGAUCUGCUGUUUUUGUGAUUUACCAGAUAUUGCUACCGGCUACCGACAAAGAAGGGUGGAGUUAACAAUUGAAUCAAAAGAGCACAAACGUGUGGAUGUUGGUAUCAACAAGUGUUUUUUUAUUCAAGAUCUUUGGCAUUAGAUUCUAGGGUUAUUUUUGAAGUAGGGUCGCUCUCUAAACUCUCUAAGACCUUCUAAGAAGACUUUGACUGUAAGAGUUCAAUAUGGCUGAUAGUGCUAGUGAACUUGAGAGUGACACCAGUUCAAUUGAUGGAGGACCUACAUUUUCUAUGAAAUCACCGUCUCCAGCGCAAGCAGAGCAGCUAAGCAAAAGAAUUGAAUCACUCCAGCAAGAAAACAGAGUUCUGAGGAUAGAACUGGACACGUACAAACUGAAAUGCAAAUCUCUUCAGGAGGAAAACAGAGAACUGAGACGUGCCAGUGUUUCCAUUCAAGCAAAGGCGGAGCAGGAAGAAGAAUUCAUAAGCAACACAUUGCUGAAGAAAAUUCAGUCUCUGAAGAAAGAGAAAGAAAUGCUGGCUACGAACUAUGAGCAAGAGGAAGAGUACCUUACCAAUGAUCUCUCUCGCAAACUGUAUCAGUUGCGACAAGAAAAGAUUGAGCUGGAGGAAACUCUUGAGAAAGAACAAGAGUGUCAAAUCAACAAACUGAUGAGAAAAAUUGAGAAGUUGGAGGCGGACACGUUCACUAAACAACAAACAUUGGAGCAGUUGAGAAGAGAAAAAGUGGAGUUAGAGAACUCUCUUGAACAAGAACAAGAGUCCCUGGUCAACAGGCUGUGGAAGAGGAUGGAUAAGUUGGAGGCUGAAAAAAGACUUCUUCAGGAAAAACUUGACCAGCCUGUAUCUGCCCCACCAAGUCCGAGAGACAUCAACAAUGGGGACACUGCAUCUAACCUAGUGCAGCAUAUUGAGAGCUUGAGGUCAGAGGUCACGAGGCUAAAGGAUCAGCUGAGGAGUGCUCAACUUGAACAUGCUGAAAAGAUGGCCCAGUAUGCGAUGGAAGAGAAACACAUCCGGGAGGAGAACUUGAGACUACAGCGGCGACUGCAGCUGGAGAUGGAGAGAAGAGAGAGCCUGUGUCGCCACUUGUCCGAGUCAGAGUCCAGCCUUGAGAUGGAUGACGAGAGACAUUUUAACGAAAUUGCAAAACAUCAUGAAGCUGCGUCUAGCGGUCACAACGUCCGACCCCGCACUGUGUCCAGCCCGAUCCCCUACAACAGCAGUGCUCCAAGGUCUAUUUCUCCCAGUCUCACUUACGUGGCAGCCAAGAGUCCACCCAGCCCCAUGCGGAGGCCCGUGGCGGGUCAACCCUUUCACCCGCCAGCGCAGCCCCCUGUGCCCAUGAACCAGGGAGUCCCACCGCACAGCCACGGGGCCAGCUCCCACCAUCCCAGUGCCUUUAUCGGGCCCGGAACCUCUCCACCUGUCUUCAGUGCGGCCAUAAACUCGCAUGCUCAGAAACCAAAAGUUCAUUCUGAGAAGUUUGCUAAACCCAGUGGAUUCCCUGUGGAGAAGUCUGAGAAGACAUAAGUCGUGUUCUCUUCACUCUUCUUCAAAGUCUCUGUGAUUUACACAAUGUCCUUCCUCUCCUGUGUGGAAAGGGCCGUUUAACCCACACCACAUUUUCCCUUUCCCCCUUCCCUACACUUUGUCCUCUCCGUACCCUGUGUGGAGGAUGCCCUUGAGGGGAGGAGAAAUGUCACUUGAAACCAAGGCCCAUGGCGUUGUCAAUGAUAUUGCCCUGUGGUCUUGUGCUUGGAACUUCAGGCUUGCCAACUGUCCAGAUUUUUCCAGGAGUGUCCCUGAUUUGAAAAAUGAAAAUAUAAAUUUCCUGGUGUUAUUAGCUUUAAUUUUUUUUAAAUGUCCACUGUACAUCUUCGAUCUUCAGUGGACGUGCUAUUUACAUCCACAAAAAUUGAUCUUGGGGAUUUGUAUCUACAGGUUUGUGGGCUAUGUUUAGGAGACCUAAGUUCUACAUAUAGCCUGGACAAUUACAUUAUUCCUACUGAAACAUCAUUCUGUUAGGUACCACUCACAAUCUACCUAUCUAAAGAAAAGGCCAAGCAAUGGAGGUGUUAAAAACUUUAAAAUUCUGCCUAAUCAAAUCAAAAUUUAUAAUAUUGCACCUUUGGUUAAUGUUUUUCCUUACAAUUUAUUUCUUUGGCUCCAGCUUCUUUCUAUGUAUCCACUUCUUUCUUUUGACUAAGUUACGUAGGUAUACAGACCUGCACUAACAAUUAACUCAGAAUUGUGUUGUCCCUGACCUACUUUUCAAACAGUUGGCAGGCCUGAAUUUGCCAUUUAAGAAGAGGUGACUUCUUCCUUUGCUGUGCCUAACUCUUUCAGCACCACACCAUAACCUAGCUGUGCUCUCGAGUCCACAAACUUUGACUACUGACAGACAUUUCUUGUUUUUAAACAUGUUUUGUAUAUUGUACUUGAAUUAAGUCUCUCCCUGAAAUUUUCGAGGGAAAAAAAGUAUGUGCUCGUAAAGUUGUGUACAGGAAAGGCACUUUCUCAAUUUUCUGGCCCCAAACGGUUGUAGGGAGAGACUGAGUUCUGAAAAUAUUCACUGUCAUGCCAUGCCAUGGAAUUACUUGAACUCUUUACAUUACUUGUAGCAAUUACUGUUUUAGCAACAGACGACAGUAUUGGAGGGUAGUCGCAGAUCUUUUUCUUUUCUUUUUUUUUUUAUAACUGAGGGUGACAUAUCUUUGAUAUUACAAAUUGGUAUAGUGUUCAGUCAUAAUAUCGAACAACAUCUCAGUGAUAACAGUACAAAAAUGUCAAACCAGUGCUGUAACCUGUUGUUCUCCUAAUGUUGGUUUUUUGGGGGUUUUUUUUUGAGGUUGUCUUUUUUAUUUCCAUGUUGUUUGUUUGUAUUUUUUAUUUCUGUGCAAAUAUUCAUUUUCUUGAAUAGAGGUGUUGUACAUUAUUUCAUAAAGGGUGUAAAUGUUCUUUGAAGUAAAUGACUGUACUGUAUCUAUUUAAUUUGAUCGUCCAUGUUUUUUCCAUUCAUUGUUGUUUGGUUGACUCUUAUUUCCAAAGCUCCCUUGCUCGAAAAGAAUUUUGAAGUGUGUAUUCUCUGGACAGCAGGAGAUGCAUCACAAAAAUGUACAUAAUGUUAGAAUUGUGUUGACUAGUCGUUUUAGAGUCCAUUUGAAUUUGGUAUGAGAAAGGGCUGUCUCUGGUUUCGAUUCCUCACCUCAUCAAAAGUGUUGCUUAGCAGCUGCAGAUUUGUAUAUAUUUGAUUGCUUCCUUCCUGUAAUUUUGUUUCGCGUUUGACAGACUUGUUCUGUGCUUGGAUUCAUUCCAUGGGCAUGGGUGUAAAAAAGUACAUUUAUGAGCGUUGGGGAGCAAACCCUUUUUUGGAAGGUGUGCAGAACAUGGCUUUUCUGGUCCUCGUUGUCUUUCUCUUUGGCAAACUCUUUGAGUGUUCAAGCAUGUGACGAUAGCGGCUAUAGCAGUAUUCAGGAUCUGUGGUCUAACACUGCCCUGUCCCAGAGAGAUAACUUUUUUACGGGUGCACUUUUGCUUCUAAUUAUCUCACAUUUAAGACCUUUAUGUUCCUGGCAUUGUGCUAAUGCUAAUGUUACUGAGCUGCCUUGUUUUUUUUUAGAAGUUUCCAGAAAUCUGAAUGUUCUAGAUUUUUUCGUUUGUUUUUGUUUGUUUCAUCUUUUUGGUCUACUUGAUUAAUUUCUCUGUGUGGAUGUGAUGUUGGUGUGUCUUUUUUUGUGCCGUCAGACAUUAUGUGCAUUUCUUUCUAUCUUCAGAUGGCAUUUCCAUGUCAUUCUUGUAUCAAAUGCUUAGCUCAUAGUUUAGCUGUGAAUGUUAUUGUUCGUUGUUUGGUUACGGACAUUUCACAUCCGUCAGUAUUAUUUGAUUCCACUGGUUUUUCUGCUAGAUGCGCUGUCUUGAUAGUUGAUGCGAAUCUGCACUCCAGCCUUCAGCUCUCCCAUAAGGUGUGGGGGAUUGUUGUUUGGCAAGGCCCAAAAAUAACUUUUUUGUUGUGCUUUCACGUGUUGUUUGUUACUUUGUAAAUUAUAUUCUUUGUUUGCUUCUUCUCAAAACCAUUUGUUUUUCAACUUUAUAUUUCUAUUGCGAAGUAUGAAUUCAUGUGUGCUGGCAUUUGUGGUGUAAGGGUUAGGCUGUUCGCAGUGCAUGCAGACAUGUGUUUGAUUUGCUGAGUAGGGAGAGAAGUUUUAUUGAGAGUCUCCUAUCUGAGAUGUUGUGCCCCAAAUGGCAUAUGUUGGCUCUGAUAGGCACGGUUAAAGCAACCGGUCUCCCAAUCAAUCUAAGUUGUGUUUAUAAGGUUAAAUUUGUACAACUAAAACUGAUGUGUAGACAGUCGCGUGAGGUGGAAGGUUGAAAGGAAGUGAGUGGAAGGAUGAUGCAAUGUGAAAAAAUGUUUGAUAUUACCUUACAAUAUUGCAUGCUUAUGUUUAUAUGUCAGGAUAGUCUGAUGGAGUAUUUCUGUGGUGAUGUGUGUCUUAAGUUGCUUGGUGUGUGAGUGUGCUUAUGUACGGUGCAUUUAUAUCAUGACAUAGAAGAUAUGAAUGGGGGAGAGUAUGUUACUCAUGUCAGUCAUUGCUUGACUCUUUUUCCCUGUUUCUUCAUGUAUGACUGAACGAAUUGCUGUGAAGUUAAUGCCUUUAAAUUAUUAUUUUUUUUUGGGUUUUCAACUGGGGAGCUUUUCCUCAGUGGAUAAUGGUAUGGAAAAUGCGAUAUUGCAAUGGAGACAAAAGAGUUUCAAGUAUAUUCAAGGGCAUUUGGUAAGCCAGGUUGUUUUGUAGAGAGUUUAGGGGUUCUUUGCUGUUUCCUUUUUUUUUAUGCCUGGCCCCUCUAACAAUUACUUUUCCCUAUAUAUUACAUUUUAAAAUAUUUUGUUUUGUGUGUGAGGUAUGUUACGGUAGCCACAUAGUGUUGUAUGAGUUUGAGAUGUUUACAGGUCAAGAGUGUGUUUUCCUGGUUUUUGGAUUCCAGGUUUUCUUUCAGCAUGAGUUUGGUGUCGCUGGCAGCCCUGCAUAAUGCUUCUUCUUUCUUGUCAGUCAUGUAGGUCUUCACCCAAUGAGUUAUCAAAGAGGGGCACCAGUCAUUCUGAGCUCUGCAAUCAUUGCGCAUUGGCAGUUUUUCUUGUCUACGUAUUGAGUCUUUGAAAUUUUUUCUGUUGGAUGUGAAACAUAAAUUAUGUCGCCUGCAUUGAUUGAUGGGUAGCAUAACCCUCGGCAGAGGUCAUAACAGAUUUUCUCUGUGCCAGGCUUCUGUGGGAGCUGGAAGUGAGGGCUGUUCAGGAUGUGUGGAUUGAUUAGUGCCUUGUUUCAUGCAUUAUUUGCACAGCUUUUGUAGGUAGCUUUUCAAGUUACACCAUCCCUAACUGCCAUAUCAUCUUUUCCAGCCUGUAGAGAAUAUUCAAUGUCAAAGUUGUAGCUGUGAGGUCUUCGAUUUCCUUGAUAUGAGUUUGAUGGCUUUCUCUAUUUUUGUGAGAUAUUUUGUUGUUGUCCUGUGUUUAGCACACUGCGGAUAAUGUGUCUUCUUGCUUUAAGUUGUGAGCAAUCAUUGAGAUUGUUUUUUUUUUUGACAAGUGAUCAUGCUAGUUGUCAAUUGUAGAAAAUUGGACGUUUGUCUAUUUCAGCUGGUUUCCACAGCUGUACGGUAUUGUGUGAUCAAUUUCCUCCUGCUAUGUCACUGUUGUAGAGCUGAGUUCUGUACAUUUUUUCAUUCUAUUAUUGUUCCUACACGAUCUACAUAAUGGGGAUUGGGGUAGAGAGGUAUGUUUUGGCUAGUUUCUCUGUGUCACUGGUUCGUCUGUUUAUAUUUUUUGGGGUUUUUUGGUCUUUGUUUACAAUGAUCUUGUAAAGUCUGACUUACGGUACUCUCUUUUCCCUCCAGCCCUCCCUUUCGCACCCUCUUUUAGUGUGGAUGGAGGGCACCAUCUGAAGAUCCUGCUGUUUUUCUAUUUUUUCAUGUCUAAUGUCAUCUUGUGUCUCACAGCUCCGUGUAGCCAUCAUUGUGUUGAUGUGCAUCUCUUUGAACUUAAAAGGUUUGAUUAUGAUUCAGAUUUUAGACAUGUACUGUAAACUUUUGCAAACAGCAUUAACUCCAAGGAUUUGUGAAAAUGGAAAUUAUGUUGGUGAAAGUGAAAGCCUCAAUUUUCAUUUCUGUAUUUCCCUUAGAACAUUUUCAUUUUAUUUGGCUUUAACAUUUUUGUCUUUGUGAACUUGCAAUUAAUUCUAUAAGAGCAUAGUUUAAAGAUACUCAUUUGAUUGGGUGUCCUAAUUUAAAUUGCACAUAAUUAAUAUUUUUAUUAUAAGAUUCCUGUUUGAACAUGGCCCAUAGCAUUGUAACUGUUGAUUGCUAAUUAGCAAAGACCCUCUAUGUUCUGCAAGUAUUGCCACAGACUCCCUCCGCAAACGUAUUUCAAAUAGGACAUGACCUCUAAAAUUUGGGGUUUUGGGCACCCCAAAAGAGAUUGUGGGUUAAUAGAUCCCCAAAUAUCCAUAUAUAUAUAUUUAUACGAGUGUACACAAAAGGCGUUUGAGUUAUCCCCACUGAAGUCAUGAACAAGAAUCGUCCUAAAUUGGCCUGAUCAGGAUCUCCAGUUACAUGACUGACAAUUUAUUCCCUUGAAAAACUGUCAGAUAAUAAAAAUGUGUCUGGCUGCCACACAUGUACCGUAUCAAAAGUAAGGUGUUCUCGUUAGUUUAUCUAGUCCCGUCAAAGGGAACUGUGUGUAAUUGACGAGAAGUUUGUAGAUUUAUAAAGUAAAAGCUUUCUGGUGCUACAGAUGAACAAUUACAGAAUCUAAGGUAUAUUUCUGUGUAAAAGUUCUUUCUUGUAAAGAAAUGGAACAUUAAGAAAGCAGCGAGGACACUUUUUUUGUACUUCUUGUACGCCUUACUGGUUUUUAUUGCCAUGCUGUUAUGCUUUAUGACAGUUGCUUGGACAACAGUUUGCUUGGUUGGUUAUUUUUACGAAUCCUCAUUUUUGUGCUCGUUUUUGAGGACGGAAAGAGCAUGUGUCCAGAUUUUCACAGUGAGCACUUUUUUUUUUUGAAGACAAACUGAAAAUGCUGAACAAGUCAUUUCCAUCCACAUAGUGAACAUGCCAGACUUGAUUGUCCUUUCAUGAUAUAAGGUGAAAUAAAUCUUUAUCGAUUGGCAUAUUCCCAAGAUGUUGCAGGUACAUUGUCAUUUGUAAAUGUUGAUAUCUAGUUACUGUGAUGUGUACACUUUGACAUGGGCUUAUCUCUUGGAUUUAAUUAAAUAAAAUGUCUUAUCUAUUGUCAUCAGAGCCGUGGCAUCACUGCUUACAGUUUGGGAUGGAUACCAGGCACUGCAGAACUAAAAGGUGCUGUUUGUAUAGAAGGAUUAAUGAAAUCACACAAGCGUGCUCAGCAAUGUUUUGAGACUGAGAAAAUUAAGAUCAAAUGAACUGGGAAAAAUUUAUGGAAAUGCCUUGCCUAAGUUUAGAUAUAGCCUUUUUAGUAAUCACGCUUUACGUGGCAGUGUUGGCUUCCUAGAUGAGCUGCAAGUUUCUCCCCCAAACAGCGUCCCGUUGGUGAUGGUAUGGGCAGGUAUUUUUUAUGUGGAUGUCAGUUGGAAGUAUUAAAAUCUUGAGCACAUUGAAUAUGGAUUACUGUGUGCUUGUGUUUUACGUUAUAGAAAUUGUUGAAUCAAGCUCUUUAACAUGUAAAAAGGUUUCUCGUAAGGUGUGAUGAAUCCGUAUUUCAUCUAAAGAUGAAAUAGGAGGAAGGAAAGUUUUAUAUUUACGAACCAACCCACCGGAGGAUACUACCGACGUUAUACUUUCUGCUGUCUCUGCUUUCAAAAAGUUGGGUUUUUUUCUGAGAACCUUUAAAGUGUGUUCUGUGUGUGGUGCUUGUUGUUCUGUGAGGGGAUAGAAUUAAGUAAGCUGAACCUGUUAUGUGUUUCAUUUCAUGUAUAAGCUGUAGGAAUGCUCAGAAAUGUAUGACUUAUUCAGUGACUAUGAGUCAUGAGUGAGUCCUCAAGGAAUCCCAAGUAGUUAAGAAAGAGGUAUAAUGUUGAAUAUGUAUAGAUCUAAUCUAACUAAACAGAAUGAUGCAUAAUCAUUUAAAGUUGUGUGUAGAUGAGUUUAAAAUAGAAUUUGAAGACAAUCACCAUGUCUACUCUACCCAGUUUUGUUUUUGUUCAGCAAUUAUGUUUUUGUUGUCGUUAAUCGGGAUUUUGUUUUCUGAUUUUUCGUACUUUUGGGUGGGAAGUACUAGCAACUUCGGAUAUUUCUUUUCUGUCUCUCUUUGUUGUCUUCUUAUGUUUUUCUUUUGUCUUUUAUUGUUAUGUAUUGGUCUUAUAUGCACCCAGGGUAGUGUGAGGCAGACUUGCCUUGCAGUUAUGAAGGGUUGGGGUUUAAGAAUGCUGUUCUUGGUUUCAGAUGCAACAAUUUAUUUCAUUAAUAAGAGUGAACAUACUGAGCAUUGUUUCAUCUCUGUCCAGGCAGCUGAAGGGCUCACUGGCUCUGUUCUAUCCCCUCUGUUGUUUCUACCUGUCAAUAUUCCUUCUACCAUCCACCCCAAAACAAUGUGAGCGGCAGCUUGCAUUGAUUGCUUCUCAGGAAGCUGACUGGAAAGGUUUUGGAAUGCUUUAGGGUCUGUCAGGGUAAAAAUAAAAUGUAUAUCACGGAGAUCCUACUUUCGAACAGGGAUAUUUGCUAUAAAAGAAUGCAAUCUUAUUAUCCGUGGUAAGGUACUUUGCCUAGCAUGCAGAGGACGUAGAUUCAUCUAAUAAUAGUAAUAGUAUUUGAGUGUCUCCUUGACUGAGAUGUAUCCCAGGUAGCCUGGAUUGGACCUGGAUGGCAGGUUUGAAGCAGCAUGGCUCCUAAUUAUGGUUUAUCUGGCUUAUCUCUGUAGGGGUGUAGAACAAUCCCUGUAGGGGUGUAGAACAUAUAUUUCCUACUGCUGAAGUAUGAUACCUUCACCACUGUGUCAGCUAACUUCUUUUCCUCUCAAACCAUUGUCAUCAUCUCUUGGGCAUGGCUGAUUUGAAUUGGAAAAGUUCAUGGAGAGUUCAUGGGACUCACUGGGCAGAGGUGAACAUGUCUCAGGGGAGAGGGAGAGGCUUGAUGGCUGGAGCUUUGACACAGUUUGUCUUUCAGGCCAUCCAAUGUUUUGCCCAUUCAUCAGAUACUCUUACCAGAGUCUGUGGUUGGAGGGUUUGGCUCUUCACAUCGCACUCUUUGACUUUGAGAUCUGCCCGCUUUAAAGGAAGACAUUUCAUUGACCGUCUCUGCAUUCCUGCUUGGAUGUGCACUAUGUGACCUUGUUUUGGCUUGUUGAGCAGGAAUUGAAGCAGUCCUUCCUUGAAUUGUCUUAUAAAUUGUUUAUCUCUUUGUCCUCAUUGUUCAAUGCCAUGCACUUCAUUAUGUCAAGGUGCUGAUCUUUAGUUAAAAUCUAAAAUGUUAGUUUUGUCGCUGCCUCUCCAAUUUCUUCAUUACUGUGUCUAUUUUUUAAUUUUGUUAUUUUUAAAAGUCUCUUGUGUUUCCUACUGCUGCUAUUUUUCUGUUUUGAAAUGAAUUUCAUUAAUGAAAACACUGAGCUGGAUUCUACAUAUCAGAAACAUUGGUUUAGAUUUUGUUUUGUUGGAUGCAAGUGGAUUAAUUCCAAACAUGAGUGUAUGUUCAUUGUUUGACUUGGGCAAUUGUUUGACAAGACUGAGCAUAAAGGCAUACUACAUCUAGGAACGAUCACUGGUAGAUGUCAGCUCAAAAGAGACUGUGUUGCUGAGCUAUAAUCUGAAAAAGGGGCUCAGAAAAAUAAUCAGGGGUAAAAAUAGCCCUGAACUCUAUUUUUAGUCACCAUUACUGUAUUAAAAAAAUUAUAUGCACAAUCUGAAAGCUUUGCCACAAAAUGUUUUUAUUUUAAUGUAACAAGUCGUUUUUGAUGCUUCUCUGUUAACCUCUCUAUGUAGAAGAAGGCUGACGUCGUUUUCUUAGAAAUUAUUUUAUUCACUGAUUUACUUCUGCUCUGUUAAUAAUGGAUUGCCUCAAUCAGUUGAGCUAAAUGAAUAUAGUUUUCCCCAUAUUUUAGCUUAUGAAAAUAGUUUUCACGCAGCAGCAGUAUAAUCUCAGUAAUAAGACGAACAUCAGUCUCACUUUGACUUUGAAGUGUUAUUAAAUUUUUGUCUGUUGCUCAAAAACGUAUUCAUGAGAAGGAGAAUCUGUUACUUGACUAAAAUCUAUUGAUAUAUUGAUUGACUGACUUUCGUUUUCCUGAAUGUGAAGAAUAAGUAGCUUCAGACCUAGUUUGUAGAAUAGUGAGGUUUCACAUUAAACCACAAUGUAGCUGUUAGUCUCAUGUUCAUUGUGUAAUGAGAAAACAUUGUUUUUUAUCCAUAUCAUCAUGAAUAAUUUGUUCACCUAAUUGGACAGUUCAAGAAAAGUGUUUUGAGAUAUGAAAUGUGUCUGGUUCAUGGAGUCCAAAAAAAAAUAAAAUGUGCAUGAAGAGGACAGAAAGCAGAUGAUGAGGGGUAUUGCUAGUAGUCAACGUGUUUUGGUUUUAAGUUACUAGUGUGUAAUUUUGGAAAGAUCUGCUCAGUGUAAACUGUUGGUUACAGUAGGGUCUAAAGAUAGAGAUAUGUAUGGUUGAAAGUCAAGCCCUAAUGAUUUGUUUAUGGUGUCUGAAAUUUUUUAAAGGUGGACAGCCAUGGAUACAUCCUUGUUUGUCUUCUGCUUAGGCCGCACGUUUAUGACAAUAAAUGCUCCUGGGAUGAGUAGUGUUAUCUUUUCUGACCCGCUGGUAAUGUUAUUGUUGGUGUGUGAAUUGGUUUUGGUUGAUGACAGCCUGCGAGAGAAGAAGGUCAGUCUAGUAUCAGUCGCCAUUUUCAUAUAUAUAAUAUAGAUGUCAUAUUAUAUAUAUAUUUUUGAUAAUCUGUCAUGGUUGUACUGUUUAGGAUACUUAAUUUUGUGCUGCUUUUGUCGGAGGCAUACAAGACUCUUUGUCUGUCCAUCCAUGGUGAAUAAAAUCUGUUGCUUUCUGUUCAAGAA